ACCCCCAAUGUUAAAGUAUGCAACCGUGUUUAAACGGAGUAUUGUGAGGUGCGCGUAUGCCCUUCUUCACUCCUAACCGAACCCCCGAACCCCGAUCUCUGCACAUACCCAUUUUAGUGGUCGUCAACAAGAGGGCGUGCACGGUAUCGCAGACGGGCUGGAUCCCAGUGUACGUGGACCACUUUGAGGCCGGCCUGCACUUUCCUUUGCCCAGGCUAGUGUUCGACCUGCUGGCGGACUACGAGCUUGCUCUGACGCAGCUAACGCCCAACAGCAUAAGUUUCAUCAUAGGCUUUAUGCUGUUGUGUGCGAGGUUGGAGGUGCUAGCGAAGGCAAUUGUGUUCAGGAACAAGGUGGUGAGGUGGAAGAGGCAAUUCAUCUUUGUUUGCGAUACGCGAACAGAAAGAAUUAGCAACGACCUCGCUACUCGGCUAUCGGAGUGGCGCACGCCGAACACCCAUAGGGAGAAUCUAAUAGAUCUAGAAGCCCUGGUUACCUCGGAGCAUCUUGCCAUGUUCGGGUUUGUCGACGUGACAAAUCUGUUCAGCGAAGAGGAAAUGAGCAGUAUACUCAAGCGCCAACGUCAACGAGCCCAGGGCUCACGAGGUCGCGGGGCGAGCAGCACCUCGCAACGACAGACGCGGUUUGACGAGCGGUCGCCGCCAGUGCCCCAAUCACGUAGCUCGUCUCACCGCGGAUCGAGCUCGGGGUCCCGGCCACACCACAAUCAACGGGCUGAUAUGGCUCCCAGUGCACGCAGGCGUGUACGCAAGGAGACAGAGAGUGAGGAUGAGGUCCCUCUCAUUCGGCGGAGAACAAGCGGAGGGGCUCAGCCUGCGCAGGCGGUUCGACUUACGGCCGCGCGCUCACCUAACGCACCAUCAACAACUGCGCGGGUAGCAGCAGAGCCUGCAUCUGCGUCGGCCUCAGUGUCGGCGCCCAGGAUCGCGUAUCCUGACGGCUUCAGCUACGUGAAGCUGGAGUGCCAGCCCGCCAUGCAUGGCGAGCAGGUGGCCAUGAUCAAGUUAAUGGACGCGUUCAGCUACGCCGUUGCUAUGUUCGAGAGCGAGCAAGUAGCUCGCUCUCAGAAUAACAAGCUCAGUGCCAAUUGCAAGCAGUUGGCCGUACAGAAAGCCAGCCUUACAGAUGAUGUCAACCGUUUGCAACGUUUAGAGAUGGCCAACCGUGCAGCUGCAGUGGAGAGCCGGGCAGACGAGCUUGCCCACAGAAACAAUGAGCUCAGGGAGGAGCUGGAGCGAGCCCGUGCUGAAAAAGAGAGCGGGAUCAAGGCCGCUAAGGAAGAAGCCGCCCGAGAACCUCAAUGUUGCCGGGGAGGCGCUGAACGAGCUGAAGACUUCUCACGCGCGUUCUGUAAGUAUCGCCCGAGCUCAAGGGGCGAAAUGGUUCGUGGGUUCGGCUGCGUUUCAGGAUGCUGUGGCGGUGGUGUCUGCAAAUGUGACCACGGAGAUCUACAACGAGAUCCAUGGGAAGGUGCUGUAACAUCGCCCGGACUUCCCGAUUGGCGAGCUGGCGUUCUUCGACGGGGAGGAUCUAGACGAGCAGGGGAAAAGUCUUGCUCCCCUUGCUGACAUAACGGUGCGGUUGAGGUGGGACCUCAACGAGGAGGGAGUGCCUGUUUGGCCUCCUUAAGUCCUUGAGGACGGGGAGGAUCCAGCAGGGAUAACCUCUUAUGAUGCAUGGGUAGAGGGUGCUUCUGUAGCUGAGCAGGAGCCUUCAAGCACCCCGCCCAACUCUUAGCCCGCCGUAGUGUCGCCACUGAGGUCGCCUAUCAAUGCGCCAGC